AUGACGACCGCCGAAUCAUAUUCAAUCUUAUCAACCGUAAACAACGUCACAUUACAAUUCACUCGUUGUGAUUGUGCUCCACAAACCUGCUUCAUUUUGUUCCGCAAUGUUAUACAGGAUUGCGUGACUUCCUUAAACAUUAGGAUAGAAAGACACGAUCUAUCCCGACAUGCAAGUAAUUUAUGGAAUCAACUGAAGCAGCAUGACGCUCAUCUAAUAGAUGAGUUUCGACGUGUGGCACGUCUCGCUGCCCAGCAAUUCUAUUCAUCCCAAAUAAGAAUCAUCAACGUAAAUAUCCCCGUUGCGAUUCGUCCGCAAACCAAUGCUCCAAUUCCGAUCGAUGAUGAAAAUCUUCAAAAACUAUUGAGGGACCUUUUCCCCGAUACACUACCGCCUCAAGAUUUUCAUCAAUAA